AUGUUCGCGCGCAAGGCGGUGGAGCUCGUGCAGGAGGUGGCGCGAUGCGACGCCGACCAAAUCCUGCCCUUUGAUGCGGACGGCGUGCAGCGAGUGCUGGAGGAGGCGCACGAGCAUCACCAACACAUGGUGCAAAUCCUCCUGUGCGGGUCUCUCCCCCUAUCUCCUCCACUUCUCCCCGCCGUCUAUGCUCCUCCGCCGCCAUCACCAACACGUUGUGCCUCUGUCGCCUCUCGAAACGCUCCUCACCUGCUCAUUCAAUCUGCGUUCCACCCUUCGCCCUGGCGAGUGCAGGGGUCGGGCGUGGAGUGGCAGGAGACGCGGCUGGAGGACGCCACGGCCGUGAUGGUGCACCACCAGGCGCUGCUGCGCAACAAGCGCUGCCUCCUCGCCUACCUCAAUGCGCGCAUGGAUCAGAUUCGACGGCUGCGAUGGCAGCUGGGCGCAACGCUGCCACGGGCGUUGCAGGAGCGGCUGAGUGCGGGGGAGGGCGAGUGGCUGGCGCAGUACUCACAAUCACUGGGCGACUACAUGGCGGACGCAGGGCUGGACCUCACCGUGUCAGUGUGGGGACAUCCAAGGGAGGCUUAUGAUUCGGCUCAAGUGCGGCUGGGCGACUGCAUGGCGGACGCAGGGCUGGACCUCACCCUGCUCACUGCCUCACCAUGCUCACUGCCUCACCAUGCUCACUGCCUCACCAUGCUCACUGCCUCACUAUGCUCACUGCCUCACCAUGCUCACUGCCUCACCAUGCUCACUGCCUCACCAUGCUCACUCCCUCACCAUGCUCACUGCCUCACCAUGCUCACUCCCUCACCAUGCUCACUCCCUCACCAUGCUCACUGCCUCACCAUGCUCACUGCCUCACCAUGCUCACUGCCUCACCAUGCUCACUCCCUCACCAUGCUCACUGCCUCACCAUGCUCACUGCCUCACCAUGCUCACUCCCUCACCAUGCUCACUGCCUCACCAUGCUCACUGCCUCACCAUGCUCACUGCCUCACCAUGCUCACUGCCUCACCAUGCUCACUCCCUCACCAUGCUCACUGCCUCACCAUGCUCACUGCCUCACCAUGCUCACUGCCUCACCAUGCUCACUCCCUCACCAUGCUCACUGCCUCACCAUGCUCACUCCCUCACCAUGCUCACUCCCUCACCAUGCUCACUGCCUCACCAUGCUCACUGCCUCACCAUGCUCACUGCCUCACCAUGCUCACUCCCUCACCAUGCUCACUGCCUCACCAUGCUCACUGCCUCACCAUGCUCACUCCCUCACCAUGCUCACUCCCUCACCAUGCUCACUUCCUCACCAUGCUCACUGCCUCACCAUGCUCACUCCCUCACCAUGCUCACUGCCUCACCAUGCUCACUCCCUCACCAUGCUCACUCCCUCACCAUGCUCACUCCCUCACCAUGCUCACUCCCUCACCAUGCUCACUGCCUCACCCCCCUGCUGCACUGGGGGCAACCAGGGGGGGCUGCUGGGCCCACUCUGGUCUGUGUGGUGGCACGGUGGUGUGUGGGGGGUCACUGUGGUGUGUGCAGGGGCACGGUGGUAUGUGUGAUGUCACUGUGGUAUGUGUGGUGGUAAGUGGUGUGUGUGGCAAAGGGCAUGCAGUGCAGAGUACAUGCAACCGUGCAGAGCCGCCCUCCUCCAAACAGCUGCUGCACUACCAUCCCUUUUUCUUCCGUCAUCCUGCCCACCCCACCCCUUCCGUGUGGCCUCGUGUGCGCCAGGACCUGCUACCCCCCAAGGACCCGUACAUCGAGCCAACACUCUCCACCUCGUCAGGAAGACCGACGUAG